GCACGUACUGAGUCAGGUGUACUGCUUGCAGCCUGCUGACCACAAAGUCAAGAUGACCAUGCAUGAGGAGAGUGCUUUGUUCUGAAAGAAAUUAAAGAGGUAACGUUUAACCUCAACAUUAGAGCAUUGACUUUGGAAAUGCACAGUUCCUUAUUCUAAGUGACGAUCGCAUCAGUGUGUCUGCUAGUGAACUGGACUAGUAAAUGCAAGGUUACAACCAUACUACCCAAAAUGCAAUGCUACAUUUUCAUACAAGUUUGGUUGUGGAUGCUUCUACUAAAGGUGGAAGGAAUUGAAGAGCCCUGCUUACUCGCGAUAUCUGUCUACAGACACACAAAAUUCCAUACUUCUGAGGGACAAUCAUUGACCCUAAGCUGCCCUGUAAAUUACUGCAUAAACAAAGGGACUCCCAUAGUAUCCUGGUGUAAACAAGAAGGAAAAACCUGCAGUAGCCUGGAAAAUAAAGCAGAAGCAAACAUAACAUGGACGCCAUAUAAUGAAACAUUUGGAAAUACCUUAUUUACCAUUCCUUCAGUUAACAUCAAUGACAAUGGUUCAUAUGCCUGCAAAGCACAGCAGGCAGGACAAACAGCAAAGAGUCAUUAUAUACAGCUCCUUGUAUCAGAGCGAAUAACUUCUUCAACACCAUCAUUUCGUAAGUACAGAGCUAUUUUAUGUCCAGAUCUCCUUACAUGA